UCGCUCGGUCCACCAUGAAGGCGUUAACACCGGUGCUCUUGUGCUGGUGCGCAGCAGUAUGCGUAGCUCAGGACAUCCCGAGCCGGCUGGUCUGUUACUACACCAGCUGGGCGCGGUAUCGAAGUUCCAUCGCCAAGUUCACACCAGAAAACAUCAACCCGCACCUCUGCACCCAUCUGCACUACGCAGUCGUCAACGCCAAUGAUAAACAGGAGUUGGGCCCGGCCGAUAAGUUCUCCGAUAUUGAUCAGCAGGGAUAUGAGCACAUGGUGGCCCUCAAGGCAGCUAAUCCGGCUCUGAAGGUACUGAUGAUGCUAGGAGGAUCUGGACAGGUAAAGCAAGAAGUCUUUUUGGAGCUGGCUAGCGAUGAAGCCAAGAUCGAGCGCUUUGUAAGGGAAACUAUAAAAUACAUCAGAAGGCAUAGAUUUGACGGCAUUGACAUUGACUGGAAGGUGGAAGGGAAAAAGGAAGAACACGCUAGGCUCAUGGAAGCUCUAGCUGCUGGUUUCAUGGAGGAAGCCGAAGAAUCACGCAUGAACAGGUUACUUCUGACCACCACAAUUCCGGCCAACAUUACCAAAAUACGAAAUGGGUUUGACGUCGGUCGAGUUUCUAAAGCUGUCGACUACAUGACCGCUAUGCUGUACACCUUUCAUACGGGUUCCGAGAAUCAAACGGCGCACCACGCUGCAUUGCACGCUACCGAUCUCGACGACACAAACUAUGCGGACUUUGUCAUUCAGAUGUUGAAGGAGACCGGCGCAGACCCAGCUCGGUUAGUAAUGGGUGAUCAGUGGGUGGCCUACGACGACGAAGUCAUGAUGCGAAGAAAGGGCGUCUACAUACGUGAGCAGGGCUUGGGCGGAGCGGCAGUGUGGGCACUCGCCCAGGAUGACUUCCGUGGAGUGUGCACCGGUCGGCCCUAUCCUCUGAUCGAAGCCUUGAAAGAGGGUCUGUUUGCCAAUGAUAUGGCGCCGCCUACCACGCCCAGCCCGCCCCCGACGCCCGUUUACAACACCUCGAUGAUGUUCGACAAGGAAGUCACUGACGCAGAAGAGCUGCGGCAGCUGCUGGCGCUGGUCCAGAAGCUGGGCGGCGUGAGAAGCGUGCAGAGGCUUCUGGCAGCGAUGGACGGUCCGAAGCGCGGUGCUGUGCAGCCUGCCGCUCAGACAACUGUCACGGAGGUCGGCGGUGACCUGCGCGUCAAGGUGCACGUGAUCGUAGAAGUGGGGCCAUUCUGA